AUGACAGCCCCGGUCUCCACACGUCCACCUGCGCGCCGCCUCUCUCGGAUCAUCCGCUGCGCCAAUUCCAUUAAGCCAGAGGCCAAAUCGCAAAGGAGGCAGCCUCGCCCAUCCCAUAAAAGUGCACGGGUCGGAUCCCUCGUCUGGCUCUCCUCUUCUUCUCCAGCAUUCUCAUACUUGGCUGCCCUCACCGCCAUGCCAAGCACUACGACCACCGAGUACGAGGCGAUCAUCGUCGGUGGUGGGCCUUCGGGCAUCGCUGCAGCCUGCCAGAUGCAGCGCCACCUCGGCCUCACCAAGCUGCUCAUCUUUGAGCGCGGCGCCGACUUUGGCGGCACGUGGUUCCACAAUGUCUAUCCCGGUGCGGCGUGCGACAUCCCACCCAGGCUCUACUCGUUUUCCUUCCACCAGAAGAAGGUGUGGCGCCACUUUAUGGCCAAGCAGGCCGAAAUGAAGACCUACCUCCAGGACGUCGCCCGCACCUAUAAGCUCUAUCCCAUGGCAAGGUUCGGAACGCAAGUAGAGGAGGCAGAAUGGCAGGAGCAACAUUCGCACUGGAAGGUCACCUACCGCAGCAUCACGUCGGGCCAAGUCAGGACUGCCACGGCGCGCGUGCUGGUCAAUGGUUCGGGCGCGCUCAGCGUGCCGAGGGAGUGCGAUGUCGACGGGCACGAGCAGUUCAAAGGGCCGCUCUUCCAUUCCGCCAAGUGGGAUACUAGUGUGAACACCCGCGGCAAGAACGUGGUCGUGUUGGGCAAUGGUUGUUCCGCCACGCAGAUCGUGCCGAGCAUCGCCAAGCAGGCCAAGUCGGUGACGCAGAUCGUCAGGGCAAAGCACUGGUAUGCCCCCACACCCGAGGAUCCCUUCCGCAGCCCAGCCGUACGAUGGCUCGAGCGCAAUGUGCCCGGCUUCAUCCAGCUCGAACGAGCCAUCUUUACCGUGGUGUUGGACAUCCACUUUUUGCAGGCGUGGAAUCGCGAAGGCAGUGCGGCCCGACAGCGGUUUGCCGACAACUCGACGCUUUACGUCAGCACCGUCGCGCCGGAGCGAUACCACCAUCUGCUCAUCCCCACGCAGGACGAGCUCAAGGUCGCCUGCAAGCGACGCGUGUUCGACGACGCCUACAUUCCGUGUCUCAACAUGGACAAUGUCGAUCUCACCAACGAUCAGGCGCAUCGCAUUACGCAGGACGAGGUGGUGCUCAAGUCCGGACGCAGGCUGCCGGCGGAUGUGAUCGUGCUUGCGUCCGGCUUCCAGGCGGGCGACACGGCGGUGCAGAUGAAGGUGACCGGAAGAGGCGGCAGGGAGCUGAACGAUGUUUGGCGCAAGGGCGGGGCCCCGCAGGCGUACAGGUCAACCCUCGUGCACGAUUUCCCCAACUUCUUUCUGAUUUGGGGUCCCAACAGUGUCACGGGGCACUUUUCGGCACUGUAUGCCAUCGAGGCAUCGGUGAGGUUGAUGACGACGCUUCUGCGUCCGGUCUUUGCCGGACCAAGGUCGAUGUCGCCGUUGCAGAGGUCGGCGGGCAGAACGGUGGAUGUCAAGCAGGAGGCGCAGGAGAAGGAGGAUGCCAUGAUCCGCGCGCAGAUGCACGACCUCAUCUACACCUCGGGCUGCAAGGGCUGGUAUACAAACGACCAAGGCAGGGUCUCGACGCUCUACCCCGGCUUCCAGCUCACCUUUGCCUGGAGAAGCGACCACCCCGUUGCCGCCGACUUGGCCUACACCGGUGUCAAAGGCAGGCCACAGGCUCACUGGAGCUGGAUGCAGCAACUUUCGUCGUGGCUCAGGCUCGGAGAUGUACCCGAGUACAGACGGGAGAGGCUGCAGAAGCGCGCAUGGUGGAACAAGGCGCUGGUCGAUCCGGUCUGGCGCUUGAUCGGCAGCUUGGGCGUCAGGUGGCUGUUGGGCGUCGUGUGGCUGCUCGAUAGGGCCAUGAUGUACACGCGAGGCAGGGCGCAGUUUGAAGAGGGUGUGGUGAAGGCAGUGAGGAGCGGAGACGUCAGUGAGGUGAACAGUGCCGACAUGGCGAGCGCUUGGUUGCGCGUGCGGCAAGCGCGGUCAGUGCAGCGUCGCACGCCGCUCAAGGCUACGCACGCAACUCGGCUCGGUUUGGCAUUCGAGGCUGAGGCCGGCACUGCCAACACGGCAACACUGCCGCCCGAGCCCGACCAAGGCGCUAGCCCCAGAGCCAGCCAGCCAGCCCUUGGGCAUCAGUCACACUCGUCCAGCCGCAGAGACGGCUGGUGCCAAGGCGCGCUGCGUCGGGACUCAGCCAAUGCGUCGCCGUCGCCUAUAUAUGCGCUCGACCCCGCCGCCGGCGGUGGGCGCACUCUUUCUCCCCUCAACGACACCAUGACGGCUCCUGCUGGCUUUCACUUGAUCCCGUCGCACGUCGACGCGGAUGUGCCUCUGCGCGACCAGGAGGUGCAUCUCGUCCUCCCCAACCAUGCACACGCCGAACACCGCUACGACCUCGAAGCCAUCCAGGCAUUCCAGAGCGCGGCCGACUACCUCGCCGUGGCGCAGAUCUAUCUGCUCGACAAUGUGCUGCUCCACACUGGACUCGACUGCGAAGCGCAUGUGAAGAAGCGGCUUCUGGGUCACUUUGGCACCGUGCCCGGACUCGUGUUUGCCUACGCGCAUGCUACUGCGCUGCUCGCGCGCACAGAAAAGAAGGCCACUGCAGCAGGCGACGAGUACCAGCCUAGGGGCAUUUUCGUGACGGGUCCGGGACAUGGCGCACCCGCCGUGCUGGCGUGCCUGUAUCUCGAGGGCUCCAUCUCCAAGUUUUCGCCAGACGAGGCGCUGAGUGCAGCGGGUGUGCAGAGGUUCGUCAAGAACUUUUGCUGGCCCAACUCGAUGCGCCCGAGCCAUGUGACGGCCACGACGCCCGGCUCGAUCCACGAGGGCGGAGAGCUUGGCUACGCGCUCGGAGUCGCGUACGGAGCUGUGAUGGACAAGCGCGACCUGAUCGCAUUUGCAGUCAUUGGCGACGGCGAGGCAGAGACCGGACCGACGGCAACGGCGUGGCAUGCGCACAAGUUUAUCGACCCCGCCGAGUCGGGUGCUGUGCUGCCCAUCCUGCAUCUGAACCGGUUCAAGAUCAGCGAAAAGACGAUCUUUGGCGCGAUGGACCGCUCGGAGCUGCUGGCGCUCUUUACGGGCUAUGGCUACCAGGUGCGCUUCGUCGACUACUAUCAGCAUCUCGGCGGCAGGCACACGAGGCCGGGAGAGCGAGAGGUGGCCGCGUUCGAUGUCGACAUGGCCACAAGCCUCGACUGGGCCUACGACGAGAUUUGCAAGAUCCAAAGGGCAGCAAGGAACGCCGAGCCGGUGCAUAAGCCGCGCUGGCCCAUGAUCAUCUUGUCAUCGCCCAAGGGGUGGGGGGGUCCGCAGACGGUCGAUGGGCUGCAGGUCGAGGCCUCGUUCCGCAGCCACCAGGUGCCGCUGCACGUCGAUGCGCACUCGCCCCCGGAUCGCAUCAAGAAGCUCGAGGAUUGGCUGAGGUCGUACCAGCCCCAGAUGUGGUUCGCACUCGCGGGUGAAGGUGCCGAUCGGCUCGAGAUGAGCUCCGUGGUCACACGCAUGCUUCCGAGCGAGUCGCUGCGCAUGGGUCAGCUGCGCGAGCUCACGCAACGCAGCCCCGACCUCGUCGAUGUGGGCACGGGCGGAUUCAUGGUCGACUCGGAGACCUCGGCUGCGGACAAAAAGGUGCAGGUCUCUGCGAUGCAGCAGUGCGGUGCGUACCUGGCUGCGCUCAUUCCGCUCAACCCGGACCGGCUGCUCAUCUUUUCUCCGGACGAGCUGGUGUCGAACAAGCUCGAUGCUGCGCUGUCGCUCGCUGACUUCAAGGGGCGCAAGUUUGAGCACGUCUUCGAGAGCCAAGUCACGGGUACGGAGCGGCGCCAAGGCAUGCGAUCCGGACGCGUGAUCGAAAUGCUUAGCGAGCACACGCUACAGGCUUUCGCGCAGGGCUAUGCACUCACGGGUCGCAUCGGUGUAUUUCCGAGCUACGAAGCCUUUCUCGGCAUCGUCACGACGAUGAUCAGCCAGUUUGCCAAGUUCGUCAAGGAGGCGCGCGCGACGGGAUGGCGAUCGCCCGUGCCGUCGAUCACGUACCUCGAGACUUCGACGCUGUGGCGUCAGGAGAGCAAUGGAUUCAGCCACCAGUCGCCCGGGCUCAUCAAUGCGGUGCUCGAUCUGCCGCACAAUGUGGCGCGCGUGUAUCUGCCACCGGAUGCCAACUGUGCGCUGUCGACGCUGUCGCACUGCGUGCGCAGCCGUCACUAUGUGAAUCUGGUGGUGGGCAGCAAGCAUCCGAACCGCGUCUUUUUGGGCGCGGACGAGGCAAAUAGGCACUGCAAGGCAGGCGCUAGCAUCUGGCAUGCCUACUCGAACGACAAGCUCGGAAACCCGGAUGUGGUGAUUGUCGGCAUUGGCACCGAGACUACGGCUGAAGCGAUUGCGGCGACGGAAUUGCUCAAGGGUCUUGGAGGAAAGGAGAGCAUCAGGGCGAGGUUCGUCAAUGUGACGGAUCUGAUGGUUCUCAGCGAGAGGUCGGUGCAUCCGCAUGCGCUGGACGCUUGGUCGUUCCAGGCGCUCUUUACGACCGAAGCGCCCGUGCUGUUCAACUUCCACGGGUACCCCACGGCGGUCAAGGGCUUGUUGGGAGAUCGGCUGUCGGACGUGUGGGGCAGGAGACCGACUGCGGUUCUGGGGUAUAGGGAGCAGGGGACCACGACGACGCCAUUCAGCAUGCUCAUGCUGAACGGUGUCGACCGAUUCACUGUCGCGCUCACGGCGCUCGACCUCCUCAUUCACAAACACGAUCUCAAGGAGGACUGGCGCCGGGUCGAUGCCCGACUGCUGCGUAUGGUCGUGAGCGACGAGUUUGUCGAGCUGCAGACGAGCCUGCAGGAGACGAGGCAAAAGUGGCAGACGUACAUCGACGAGCACGGUUGCGACCCGCCGGAGCUGGACGUGUGA